AUGCCACCCUCAAUGCCCGCCCCCUCGAUUCGAAUACCAAUCGAACUCCUCACCCCCACCGCAUUCUCCCAGUUCGGCACCGUAGUCGAGAACCCCGCGCAAGCUCCGUCCUCCAAGCUCCCCAUCCCCAACCGCAUACCACCGCCCGACGCCGUCAACGCGAACCAAGGCUCCGCAGUCAAAUACCUCGAUGUCACCCACAUGUCGAACCUGUACAGUCUCGCGCCGAGCAAAAAGCCCGCCAAAGCAGUCAUGAACAUGUUUGUCUGCUCACCGCGGGACCUGCGCGGCCACGAGCCGAGCGAGAGCAUUCCCUCGUCAUGGGGAGACUUGGAGCUCGACGACGACAACGACGACGACUCGCACUCGAGACAAUUGCUGGACGUGGGAAUUCUCGAACGCCACCCGUUCACCACGCAGACAUUCAUCCCCAUGGGCCUGAGCUCGCAGGACAAACACACGCAGUACCUGGUCGUCGUCGCGCCCACACUGCCUGCCAGCGCGUCGAGGAGAAACACAGGAAGACCGCCCCCGUACCCUGUGCCAGAGACUCAGAAAAGAAACAGCAUCAGAGACAUCUUCUCGAGAGCGAGGCCGGCGCUGUACGCGAACGAUCUAGCUGCGCCUCCCUCCUCGCAGAUCGCGCGUCUUCACCCCUCUGCACGCCCAAAGGGGCCAGGUCUGCCAGAUCUCAAGAAUCUCCGCGCUUUUGUCGCGACGGGGUGUCAAGCCGUCACGUAUGGGGCGGGGACAUGGCAUGCGCCUAUGGUUGUGAUUGGGGACCGACCCAUCGAUUUUGUCGUCGUGCAGUUUGCGAAUCAAGUCGGUCUCGAGGACUGCCAGGAGAUUCUCCUGGCGCCACAAGGGACUGCGAAAGAAGGCAUCGUAGUGACAGUGGACAGUGAUUCCUCAGGAAAAGUGCAAAUCAAGGCCGGAGUAGGGUCUGUCCGAGCGAAACUGUGA